AGCCGAUACGGAUUGCUGUCAUCGCUACAAAAAUGUCUUUGUAGUUAUCAGGGUGUAGGUCAUAUUUUAAUUAAAUUGUAAUCUUUCACAAAAUCGUGCUCAAUUUCGCAUGUUUAAAUCAUAAUAGAAAAUAAGAAGAGGAUCUAUUCACCCAAAACAGGGGUGUGUAUGAAGUGAUGUCUAGCGAAUAUAAAUUCGUAUCAAAAUAAUCUGAAGCUAUUUAUAAAUAUUAUUUUCUCAUCUUUUACUUAUGUUCAAACGUUAAUAGUAACGUCUGGUCUAUAAUUAACUCGUGAAAGUUUAUAAAUAAUUUAGUUUACCAUGGUGGUGUAGAUGAUUCGAUCAGGCGAGUCUUAAUAUUUGGUUGCCAUUUUUUCGUGAGAUAAGUUUGUUCUUGGUGAUUAUUGGGCGUGAUCGCAGCCCAGUGUCAGUUCUUAGCGCGCGGAAGUGUCAAGUGCGGUUGUAGUGAAGUGCCGUGGUGUUUUCAGGUAGCAAUGCAAUUGGUGUCAGUUUGGUGGAGAUAAUAAGAGUGAAGUGAUGAUGUGGGCUUAGUGUGUGGAACAGCGGCACCACGGCUUCCUCUGUGGCGGGUGGCGCGAGGGGAGCAGAGUCCCCCUCGCAGGCCAACCAGGACACGGUGGAUAACGCCACUCCCACCUGUUGGUGGGCUGCGUGGUCGGCAAUGGGCUGCUUCGGUUCGCCGGGCGCCAAAAGCGGCGAGGAUGACGCCAAAACGCAGAAACGACGGAGCGACGCCAUCACACGCCAAUUACAAAAAGAUAAACAGUUAUAUCGCGCAACGCAUCGCUUGCUCCUCCUCGGCGCUGGCGAGUCCGGCAAGUCGACGAUUGUGAAACAAAUGCGCAUUCUCCACGUAAACGGAUUCUCUGAUAAGGAACGUCGGGAGAAGAUUGAGGAUAUCAAGAAGAAUAUUCGCGAUGCGAUUCUCACGAUAACUGGUGCGAUGAGCACGCUUACACCGCCCAUACCUCUCGAAAAGGCCGAGAAUAAAGCUCGAGUUGACUACAUACAAGACGUAGCUUCACAACCGGAUUUCGACUACCCACGUGAGUUCUAUGAGCACACGGAGGAGCUCUGGAAGGAUGGAGGGGUUCAGCGGACAUAUGAGCGCAGUAACGAGUACCAGCUUAUCGACUGCGCCAAGUAUUUCCUGGACAAAGUGCACGUGAUAAAGCACCCAGAGUACACGCCCACGGAGCAAGACAUCCUUCGCUGCCGAGUUCUCACUUCGGGCAUCUUUGAGACGCAGUUCGUGGUCGAUAAAGUCAAUUUCCAUAUGUUCGACGUGGGCGGUCAGCGCGACGAGCGCCGUAAGUGGAUCCAGUGCUUCAACGACGUGACGGCUAUCAUCUUCGUGACGGCCUGCUCCUCCUACAACAUGGUGCUGCGGGAGGACCCCACGCAGAACAGGCUCCGGGAGUCGCUGGAUCUCUUUAAGAGCAUAUGGAAUAAUCGAUGGCUCCGCACAAUAUCGGUGAUCCUGUUCCUCAAUAAGCAGGACCUGCUCGCGGAGAAAGUGCUCGCGGGCAAGUCCCGGCUCGAGGAUUACUUCUCGGAGUUUGCCCGAUACCAGACUCCGCCUGACGCCAGCCCCGACGUCAGGGACCAUCCGGAGGUGGCUCGCGCUAAAUACUUCAUACGGGACGAGUUCCUGCGCAUCAGUACGGCCAGUGGCGAAGGCAAGCACUACUGCUACCCUCACUUCACGUGCGCCGUGGACACCGAGAACAUCAAGCGCGUCUUCAACGACUGCCGCGACAUCAUUCAGAGGAUGCAUCUGCGGCAGUACGAGCUGCUCUAACGUGAGAACGGCGAUUCCAAUGCGCCAGGGCUGGUUCGAAGCCGGCGUGAUAUGACACCAAACGAAUACGACAGCAAUAUUUACAUAUUAUACAUAUACUAUCUAUGUGUAACGCUCCAAUAUUAAAUUAUACAAAUCUUUAUUAGCGAUGGCAAUACAUAACAUAAGUCCUUUGAAGUCGAUAUAUUUACAACUAUCUACACAAUGAGAAACUCUUUGACUUUAUUGUCACUUGUCAAAAAUGGAUUCAGUAUUUAUAUAACUUUUUAUUAUCUGUGUUGCCAUCGCAUGUAGAGCAAAGGCUGGGACAUACGAGGCAAUCUAUUUACUUUAAUACGUCACUAAGUGUGUCCAUAGCCUGAUCUCUUGCACAUUAUCUGUGGUAAUUGGAAUGUGAUUUUGUACACUGACUUUAAAUGUGUUUUUCCAUAGACUACAUACUCUUACAUCAACUUUUGAGUAAUACAUUUUUGAAGUUCGGAAGCCAGAGACGUAACUAAUAAUGUUAUUCGUACAGCUACAAAAUCGUGUAGCUUCUUAUGUUUAAUACAAUAUUUUGUUGCAGUGAAAAACAGUGUAACUAAAUCGUGUUUAAGAUAAUGUGCAAAAGACCGCCGAGCGGCAAGUCACUGAUUCUUCUGUCGCAUGGUGUUUCCGGACGUUACGUACGCGUAUACGUACUUCGUACGUUGCUACUUUGAAACAACCAGUGAGAGUGUGGGUUGAUCUCGGAAUGAAACUACAAGGGUAUUACCGGUUCAAAAAAUCGUCUUAGAUUUUUUGGUGUGGCAACAUCCUUUUUGUCUAUGAAUUUUUAAAUUAGACGCGUAUUUAACAUGAUUGCAAGUUUCUAUAGGAUAUAAUUUGCACUUAAAUUUUAAUAUUUUAAGAUUUUUAAAAUUCACGCUACAUUCCGAGAUGUAAACCUUUUUAGAGCAUAACGCGGCUUUAUUGGUUCGAUUGUCAUUUGUCAUUCGAAUAACAUAUCUUUUAGGAUAUAUAAAAAAAACAAAAGAGACAAAGAUGUAAUGAAUUAAUUGUGUUUAUUAUUUAUUCUACAAUGGAGUAUUAACAGAAACAACAUAAACCUUUUUUGAAGAAAAAAAAAAGAAUAAGUUUGACAUGUGACAAUGACAAUCGAGUCAUUAUCGCGUAGAACAAAUCGUUUUAUAUUGAGGAUCAUAUAGUUUGAUAUUUUCGAGGCUACACAUAGUAUUAUGUAUAUGAGCACCUUUAGCUUUUUGCCCAUUUUUAUUGAUGCAUAUCACUGAAAAUUGUUAUCUAUUAAAACAUAGACAAUGCACUUUGGAUCAAAAUUUCUGUCUUUUCAAAGUGACAAAUGUUUUUAAAUCGGAAUAUGAUUCUCUUAACCCUUGUUGUCGCUAUGACUAUGUUUUAAGAGAUAACAAGCUGGCAUAAUAAUUUGUUGAUGUUUUUUUUAUAUUUCAGUUUUUGUCUAUGAAAUAAUUUGACAUCUGUGGAUGCCGUUUUUCAAUAGUAAAUUUUACAAACGUUUUUUUUAUGAUUUUUGCGUAUGCGCACAAUUAAAUCAUGUAAAUUAUACUUUUUUACCGAAUGAUUUACUGCAAUAAUCUUUAUGUUUUCGUGAUGUAUACAAAUAUGAGUUGUAUUCGUAGCUGAAUAGGAGAUCUUGUAUUUUUAUAAAUCAUUGAAUUUGUAUUUUUUAAGUUUAUUUUUAAUGUUAAGUUUAUGUCUUCCAUAUGUAUAUUUUUUGCAAUUUCUUUUGUCUUAUUAAACGACGCACAUUGACACGAGAGCUUCGCUGUGUAGAUUUUGUUGAAGUUAUUUAAUAUAUGGAGCUUUUAAUAAUUAUAAGGUCCAAAGAUUUGUUCCCGGUCGCAUCUAAUGCGGCGAUUGGAAGUUUAUUAGCAGUAUUUAAUUUUUCAAAUAUUCGCGGUUGCCGCUAAACUUAAAACCGCUACAUAGAGAUAAAGAUGUGGUGGUUUUUUGACAACCUGUAUUUUUUUCGAAAAUUAAUAUAUUACAUUUAGCCCUAAGUACAAAUGUAACUAACAUUACGGUAAUAAUAUUACAAAAUAAUUAUUUAUACGAUUGAUUUAUGUACUUACCGAUUUGUUAGUCUGUGAAAAGAAAAAUAUUUUUAACGUUCAAAGAUUAUUGGUAGGGUAUUAUUCAUUCUCGAAGGAAUUUUAUAAAAAUAGGAUUUGAAAUGAAAUGGUCCUUAAUAUAAGGUCGAUGCUGGCAAGAAAUGUGCCAUAUUUGAUGUCCUGCUAGCGGAAACACCAUAAACUAAUGUUACCAUUAUUAAAUCUACAGACUAUAUGAGAACUCGAUCCUUCCUAGAACCUUGUAAAUUAACAAAUCAUCUAUUUUGCUUUGAAAUAAACGUUUUGUCGUUAUUUUUAAUAUAUAUUUAAUAUUGAGAAUUGUAUUUUUCUUUCGUGUUAAGUUUCUUUGUAAGUAGACAAAUAAUAGAUUUACUUCAUACAUUUCUUGGUGCGUAGUCGUUCGUAUCACACGGAAUAUAUACUUUUUAGGUUUGGAUAAGAAAAUUCCAUUCGGUUAAUUAUUAUAAGUGAAAUUAUUAAUUAUUGGUAGGAAAUUUUUGGCUUUUAAAGAUCUGCUUAUUUUAGUGAAAUAUAGAACGACCGCCGCCGACACCAAACCAUCUCAUCGUGUAAUUAAUAAAAUGGCAUCUUGAACUUAUGUAUAUGCAAAUUAAGCAAACUAUUUGGUAGCUAUUUUAAGUAAGUUUAGUGUAUCGCGAUAAAUCGAACGCAAAUAUCUAUAAUUUAGACUGCUAACGUAAAGUUUCUUGCGAGUCACUGUCCACUAGUCGGAUUUUAAAAAUAAUUUUCAUUACACCUGCAACAAACGAGGUGGCUUCGAUGGCUGCUUGGCUUAUAUUUAAAACGUUUUUAAAACUGACAAUGGAGAUGGCAACACGUCGCGAAUCUCAAUCUGCACGCGUCAAACUGACAGAUGUUUCCGCCAUUUUUAAUCUAUGGUUCUUUAAACUUUUUGUAGCAUGUGGUGAUAGUAUUGUGCAAUAUUUUAACAUUCUUAUUUUGAACUUGAACGUUAGCAUUAAUCGGAUAUCUGCUAUUUACGGUCGUUUCCAAAAACAUAGCUAUCUUUCGAUUUUUAUGUCCAAAUACGAAGUAUCAUAAUGUGAAAGUAAGAAAGAUAGAUAGGUUUUGUCUAUUGCUGUAUAUUUCUGUCCAGUCCCCGCUACAACGUACAAUUUAAGUAAACGCAAUAACACGUGAGUCAUGUAUAAAGUAGAAUAUAGCAUAUUUUCUAUGUUUUUCGAUAUGUAGAUGAUAUACUGCCAGUGUCGAUGUCAAAGUUAAGAUAAAGAUAAGAUGUUUCCGAACGUGCAAUCCUCUUGCACACGACAUCAAAGAGUCAUCCUUGAAUUACGAGACGAGACAUAAACGUUAACUGAGAUUUUGAGGUUGAAACAAAAGAAGUUCUCUUGAUUCAAUUUUGUAAGUGACAAAUGCGAAGAUAGGUUCGUCCACAUUACACGAUUAUAACACAAAUUAUUACUAUAAUGAUGACUUUCGUUGCAUAAACGUUAUUUAAUGUUCUGUGGACGAACUGUUCAAAAGGAGGUGCGAACACGGAGGCUUAAUAAAAAUCUCUUCAAAACGGAAACUUAGCAUAGAAAAAUAAAAUUUAGUUUCGCGUGGAAUCCUCGACUAGUAGUAAUAAACGUCCGUGGCCAAUAACCAAAUAGUAUUGAACAAUUUCCCCUUUUUUAAAUCUUUCAUAGUAAUAAGUGAUUGUACUGCGCACAAUAUGUAUGUGAGGGAACUUUCGUUUCGACUCUUUAAAGUGCAGAAUUAUUCUGCAAAAUAUUUUUUGGUAAUAUUUUUGACUGUCGCUCACUUAGCGUCCCUGUCUCGCUGAAAUAAACGCAUUUAACUGCUCAUUUAUGUAUAAAUUCAUCGGUUUUAUUCAUUUUAAGAGUAAUCAAAUCGGCACUCCUUAUUUACAAAUUGUCUAUUGAUCGUAAUUAUAUUCUAUCAUUUGUUUUAAUGUUAUUAUUAGAAAAAUCUAUAUAUUUUAACAAAUUUUUAAUUUUUAAUAUACCUAAUUAAUAAAAUUCCUAAAGAUAAAAUUUUUAACUAUUUAUGUGUAUAGUAGAUUCUAGAGCGAGGUAAAGAUAACGAACGCUUAUUUUAAUUUGUUUUUCAGAGAAUCGCAAUUUAUUUACUGUCUUUUAAAUUACCCUUAACUGAUGUGUACACAAAAAUCAGUAUGUUUCAGGCAUUUUGAAUCAGACUUAAUGUAUGUAAAAAUAAAUGUUGUUUUAAAA